AUGUUAGAAUUUGUAUUAUUUUUGGGGUUAUGUUUUGCUUUAGGGGGGUUGGCAGUUGCAUCCAAUCCUUCUCCUUAUUAUGGGGUGUUAGGGCUGGUUGCAGCAGCUGUUGCGGGAUGUGGUUGGUUGGUGAGUUUGGGGGUUUCCUUUGUGUCUUUGGUGCUUGUUAUGGUGUAUUUAGGGGGGAUGUUGGUAGUGUUUGUUUAUUCAGUAUCGUUAGCGGCGGAUCCUUAUCCCGAGGCUUGGGGUAGUUUGGGGGUUGUUGGUUAUGGUUUUGGGAUGGGCUUGGUUAUUAUGGUGGGGCUUGUUGUGGGAGGUGUGGUGGAGUUGUUGGUGGAUGUGGGGACAGUGAAUAAUGGGGGUUUAUUAUCGGUUCGGUCUGAUUUUAGUGGAGCGGCUUUGCUUUAUUCGGAAGGGGUUGGGUUGCUUUUAAUUGGGGGGUGGGGGUUAUUGUUGACUUUGUUUGUGGUGUUAGAGCUUGUGCGAGGGUUGUCUCGGGGGGCUAUUCGGGCUGUGUAG